AUGAGUGCUGCCUUCGCUAGGAGUGCUGCCUUCGCUAGGAGUGCUGCCUUCGCAGGGAGUGCUGCCUUCGCAGGGAGUGCUGCCUACGCAGGGAGUGCUGCCAUCGCUAGGAGUGCUGCCUUCGCAAGGAUUGCUGCCUUCGCAAGGAGUGCUGCCUUCGCAAGGAUUGCUGCCUUCGCAAGGAUUGCUGCCUUCGCAAGGAGUGCUGCCUUCGCAAGGAGUGCUGCCUUCGCUAGGAGUGCUGCCUUCGCAAGGAGUGCUGCCUUCACAAGGAGUGCUGCCUUCGCACGGAGUGCAGCCUUCGCACGUAGUGCUGCCUUCCCACAGAGUGCUGCCUUUGCACAGAGAUCUGCAUUCGCAGGGUGUGGUGCCUUCGCAAGAAGUGCUGCCUUCGCAAUGUGUGCUGCCAUCGCUAGGAGUGCUGCCUUCAAAAGGAGUGCUGCCUUCGCAAGGAGUGCUGCCUUCGAAAGGAGUGCUGCCUUCGAAAGGAGUGCUGCCUUCGAAAGGAGUGCUGCCUUCGAAAGGAGUGCUGCCUUCGCAAGGUGUGCUGCCAUCGCUAGGAGUGCUGCCUUCGCAAGGAGGGCUGACUUCGCAGGGACAGCUGCCUUUGCAGGGAGUGCUGCCUUCGCAAGGAGUAGUGCAUUCUCAAGGAGUGCUGCCUUCGCAGGGAGUGCUGCAUCCGCAAGGAAUGCUGCCUUCACAAGGAGUGCUGCCUUCGCAAGGAGUGCUGCCUUCGCAAGGAGUGCUGCCUUCGCAAGGAGUGCUGCCUUUGCAAGGAGUGCUGCCAUCGCAAGGAGUGCUGCCUUCGCUAGGAGUGCUGCCUUCGCUAGGAGUGCUGCCCUUCUAAGGAGAGCUACCUUCGCAAGGAGUGCUGCCUUCGCUAGGAGUGCUGCUUUCGCAAAGAGGUCUGCCUUCGCAGGGAGUGCUGCCUUUGCAGGGAGUGCUGCCUUCGCAAGGAGUGGUGCCUUCGCAAGGAGUGCUGCCUUCGCAGGGAGUGCUGCAUCCGCAAGGAGUGCUGCCUUCGCAAAGUGUGCUGCCUUCACAAGGAGUGCUGCCUUUGCACAGAGUGCUGCCUUCGCAGGGAGUGCUGCCUACGCUGGGAGUGCUGCCUUCGCAAGGAAUGCUGCCUUCGCAAGGAGUGCUGCCUUCGCAAGGAGUGCUGCCUUCGCAAGGAGUGCUGCCUUCGCACGGAGUGCUGCCUUCGCACGGAGUGCAGCCUUCGCACGUAGUGCUGCCUUCGCACGGAGUGCUGCCUUUGCACAGAGAUCUGCAUUCGCAGGGAGUGGUGCCUUCGUAAGAAGUGCUGCCUUCGCAAGGAGUGCUGCCUUCGCUAGGAGUGCUGCCUUCGCAAGGAGUGCUGCCUUCGCAAGGAGUGCUACCUUCGCACGGAGUGCAGCCUUCGCACGUAGUGCUGCCUUCCCACGGAGUGCUGCCUUUGCACAGAGAUCUGCAUUCGCAGGGUGUGGUGCCUUCGCAAGGAGUGCUGCCUUCGCUAGGAGUGUUGUCUUCGCAAGGAGGGCUGCCUUCGAGAGGAGGGCUGCCUUCGCAGGGAGUGCUGCCUUCUCAUGGGGUAAUGCAUUUUCAAGUUGUGCUGCCUUCUCAGGGAGUACUGCCUUUGCAACGAGUGCUGCCUCCCAAUGA